AUGAGCUCCUGGCAUCCAGAAGACGAAAUAUCCAUAUCCGAUUCUGAAGACGAGGAUGACAGUUUGAAAAAAGUAUAUCAUGGUCGUGACGCCAUUAUCUUUGUGGUCGAUGCAUACCUGUACCAUCAACCGGAGUUUUUAAUGGCUGCCUUCUCCUUGAUACGAGAAGCUUUCCUGUCGGGACUGCUAGUUAAUGACAAAGACCUUAUGGCCCUAGUAUUGACUAAUACCAAAGAGUGCCCCGAACCGAAUGAAGCCAAUUGUUUGGAUGCCAUUGUAAUGCCGGAAAAUUGUGCUGUUUUCCUGCCACCACGUCAAUUGAAUACGGCCAUUGUUAAACAUUACCUGGAAUUUCUCGAAACCGUUUCCGAAGAUUUUGAAGAGGUGUAUGGUGUGUGUGAAAGUGAUGGCGCCAACUUUUCUCACGUCUUACGCUUGUGUUUGGACUUGGUGGAUCAGUGCACAUACUCAGUGGACAAUACCACUAUUGUCUACUUGACAGACAAAGAAACUCCACACCCGGUUAAUUCCGAUGCAUAUGGACACGCCUUACAAAAAGCCUCCGACAUAAGUGGAAAGGAGGUGGAAUUUCACAUCAUACCAAUGGUGGAUGAAUUCAACUAUGAUGUAUUUUACAAGGAAUUUAUAUGUCUGGUACAUAAUAUCGAAUUAGAUUCGUUUGAACCCAUGAACCCACAGCGUUCAAGAGAAAUGUUAGCUGAUCGCAAAUUUAAACAGCAUUUUGUUAGACGUUCCUUGGGACAUUUCAAAUUCACUCUCGGCCCCGAUUUAACGCUUUCUGCUCAAUACUUCAAUUUCUACCAAAAAGCUAAAGGACCGCGAAAGGUGUUAAUACGUCGUACCGACAAUGCCGUGCUACAGAGAAAGCGUCUUACAAAGGUAUUCAGAAAGGAUCCCGAAACGGAAGAGUUGACCGAUGGACGCUUGAUUAACAUAACCGAUGCUUGGUAUGAAAUCAAUUUAGGCAAUUCACCUAUACGGCUAUCAUACGAGCAAGUUAAUCGUGUCCGUAACCUACAUGAGCCCGGAAUGAUGUUAUUGGGAUUUCAACCACGUUCAUGCCUCGACAGUUUUUCAUUUUCGAAGACGUGUAACUUCAUGUAUCCCGAUGAUAGUCAUAUUGUUGGAUCUAAACGUUUGUUUCGUGCGCUCUGGGAGCGUUGUAAGGCCAGAGAUAAAGUAGCCAUAUGUUUGUUUAUGAGCAAACGAAAAUCCAUGCCUCGCUAUGUGGCACUGGUGCCAGAGUCCAGGGAAGAUGCAGAAGCAGAGUCACAUUAUUCUCUAAUAACAAAUGAUGGCUUUAAAAUAGUAUAUAUCCCAUGUUCAUCGUAUGUACGCCAGAUAGACCCGUCUGACUGGAACUCCAUAGAAAAUACUGCAUCUACUGAACAAGUUGAUGUUUGUAAGAGCAUUAUAAAGAAGCUUCGUCUCGGAUAUGAUCCGACUAUGUUUUGUGAUCCGGAGUUAGAUCAGCUGCAGACAAAAUUAUUGGGAUUGGCUUUUAAUGUUACAAAUGAGUCGACAGGGAGUCAUUAUUUUCCCGAUGCCGAAAGACAAGAUAAACGUAUCGAAGCUAUUAUACCGAAAUUUCAAGAGCUCUUUGGUGAAGAUGAGGAACCGGCUAAAAAACGUCCCGCUACAAGUAGUAAGGCCGAUGGAUCAAAUGCGCCAAAGGUUCCAAAAUUAACGGCCGAUAAUUUGAACGAUAAGAAUUACGUUUUGGAUAUGGCCAACAAAAAGGCAUUGGAUCCUUGUACCAAAGAGCAGUUGUUGCAAAUUUUGGAACAUCAUUACGCCACAACAGUAGCAGCAGCAGCAGCAACAGCAUUAAGGGAAAAACUAAAGGUCCUCUGCAAGUGGAUGUGUUUGGGUAUAUAUUCCCGUUUCUAUUAUAUGGACGAAGAAAUGAGCAAAAGACAAAAUGCUAAAUAA